CUCUCAGUUUUUUAUAAGACAGGAGUGAUAUAAAAAAAAAAAAACGAGACUAUAAGAGUGGAUUGAAAUUAGGCCAGUAGACUAUUUAAUAAAUUUUAAAUAAAUCAUUAAAAAAUUUUUUUAAUAAGUAAAAAAUAUAUUUGUUAAUUAUGACGAUUUAAAAAAAAUAAAUAAAGCAAAAUUAUAAAUUUAUUGUGAAAGUUUAAUUUGGAUUAAGUGAUUGAAUAUAGUGAAAGAAUAAAUUAUAGAAAAAUAAUAAUAAAUUGUGAUAAUUAAUUAAGAGCUAAGAAUUGACGUGAAAAAAUAAUUAAUUUGUUUGAAAUUUAACGGGGUUUAUUGAGGAUCAAUGAUUUUAUUGAUUCAUUAUUAUUUUUUACCUUAAAUUUUUUAAAAAUUAAAAUUGUUAUUUUAAUUUUUUGGGAAAAAAAAUUAUUUGUAAUUAAAUGGUGGUAUGAGAGUUGCCGUCAUUGGUAUUAUUUUGGUAGCCGUUAGUAUAUUCACUAUAACAAAGUGUGUUUGUGUCGGCAGUGUCAGGUUGUUUAAAAAGGAGGGUGCGGUAUUAUUUAUCAAGUCAAUCACCCUUUAAAAACAACCCUAGAUUCUAAUAAUAAAUUUCAAAAAAAAAUUUAAAUUAACAAAUAAUAUAUCAAACAAAAGAAAAAUUAACUUGAUUAUAAAUUAAUAAUUACUGUAAUAGAAAAAAAAAAUAAUUAUAUAAAUUAAUCAUAGUGAAAAAAAAAUUUGAAUAAUUUAAAUUAAUUAAAUUUUGACGACAGCGGCUUCUCGCUGCUGCUGCUGCAACCAAAUAAGAGAGAGAGAAACGGUGGUGGUGGUGGUGGCGGUGGCAGUAGUGGCAGAGGUUGCUGAGCAAACUCAUUUUUUGAAUAAAAAAUUAAAUUAAUAAAUACAUAAUAUUAUUUACAUUAAUUAUAAAUUUUAAAAUCUUUUUAUAUUUUAUCAAUUAACUUGAUAAUUUCAUGAUUUUAUUUAUUUAAAAAAUACAAAAAUUAAUUUGAUAAUAUUUUUUUAUUUAUUUUAAAUUAAAAAUAUAUUAUUUUUAAAUAAAUUUUAAUAAUAAUCAUUAAUCUUUUGUUAAUUGGUGAUUGGCCAUCUUCACUGCCGGUGCUUUUGUGGUGGCGGCAUUGUCGUCUACGUCGUCGUCGUCGUUGUCAAAUACACACAAAAAAGCUCAAAAAAAUUUCUUUUUUCUAAAUUCCAACUGUGAUUUCAAUCCUCAUAUUUGUAUGUGUCUGUGUUUUAUACAUAAAUUAAAUAUAUAAUCAAAUUUAUACUGUGAAUUCAAAAUUUAGAAAAAAAAUUAUAAUUCAAUUCUAUCAUUAAUAAAACAAAAAAAUAUUUGUGAAUCUUCUAUUGUGGUGUAAAAAAAAAAAAAGUAUAAAUAAGUGUUUAAUAUUAAUGUUACUUUAAAGUGUGAUAAAUAUUUAUUUAAAAAAAAAAAAUAAUAACAAAACAACAACAACAUUAGAACGUGCCAAAGUGGGACGAUCCCUUGACCCUGCUGGGAUAUGACGUAAUGGCAAGAGAAGAGUUGCGGAGCAAAAGACCUUUCAAAAUAUGGGACAGCUGGCGUAACGUAAGAAAAGGACUCGUUGUUAGCAAUUUUGAAGAAUUACUUCAUCGAGGUAAAGAAAAAUUGGGUGUUCCAUCAGUUGAAAAUGUUAGUCUUGUAUUAGAAUCAGAUGGUACACAAGUUGAAGAUGGUGAGUAUUUUAAAACACUGUCAAAUAAUACAAUACUAUUAUUACUGAGACAUGGUGAAAGAUGGUGUCCAACUGGUGUUGAUAUAAUACGAGCAGCCAUAUCAGCAAUACCAAAAAUUGUGUGUGAAACAAUUCAUGCACUUGAAUUACAUGAUGAAACACCCUCAUGGAAAAUUAUGGAUAAUAAAGGACGUGUUACUGUUGUAUUACACUGGGAUCAACGUACAAAUAAUACACAAAAUUCCCAACAACAACAACAACAAAAUAAUUCACAAAAUCAACAAUAUUCACAACAACAACAAACAGUACAACAAUCUAAAAAUGAUACAUCAAUAAGUGGUACAAAAUAUUCACCAAUUAAAAAAUCAGAAUUAUUAAAUCAAAGACCAUCACUUGUUAUUGAAACAAGUAUUGAUAAAAUUGCAUAUGGUAAAACAACAACAACAACAACAAAUAAUAUUAUAAAUAAUGAUUUAUUACAACAACGUUAUUCAAGUCCACAAAUAACUGUUAUUAAUCAUGAUGAUAUGAUACAAAAAAAUUUUAUAAAUCCAACAAUAAAUAAUGGUAAUGGUACAUAUGGCUCAAUAAUAACAUCAUCAUCAUCAUCACCUGGACAACAACAAUUAUUACGUGAACAACAACAACAACAACAACAUGGUGGUAUGACUGGACGUCUUGUUAAACAAGGUACAAAUUCAUUUGAAAGUACAACAAUUCAUAUACAUACACCAGAAUGUUCAGGUAGAAUACAUCAACCAGUACGUAAUGGUAGUCCAGUUAAUGGUACUGAUGGUGGACAAUCAGAAUGUGAUUUUCAUUGUUGUGCAUUACAUGAAGAAGGUAGACGUAUUGCUGUACAUAAAUCAGUUGCAACAUCACCAAUACAAGAUCCACAUUUAAUACAACAACGUGAACAACAACAACAACAACAACAACAACAACAAACACAAACACAAACACCAUCACCACAACCACCAUCAUCAUUAUCAGAUGGUACACGUCGUAGUGGUAAUAAUAAAGGACAUGUUAGAUUUCGUGAUACAACUGAUGAUGAAUCAUCAUCACGAAAUACAAAUUUUCAUAUGCAUCAUCAUAAUAAUCAUCAUCAAGAACAAUUACAACAACAACAAUCACAACAACAUGAUAGCUCAGAAUCAGAAACUGAAAAUACAAUAAUGGAAGAUGAAGUUAUAACAUCAGAAAAAUUUUUAUUAUUAAUUGAUCAAUUAACUGUUGAUCAAAAACAUCAUUUAAGUAUUAAAGAUAUUGGUAUUAUAUUGGAAAGAUUAAGACCAAAAAUAUUAGAUGUUGAAAGACUUGAUAGAGAAAGUGAAAGUGAAGAAUGUUACAAUUGGACAAUUAAAGCAAUUAUUCGAGGUGAUGUACUUCGUGAUUUUGGAGUACUUUAUAAUGGUAAUUAUUAUGCCAUAAGUGAACAUCCAGGAUAUAAAGAAGAAUCUGAAGAAAAUAAUGAAGAUAAUGAAGAAGAAGAGGAAGAAGAAGAAGAAGAAGAAGACAGGCUUUAAUAAUUUUAAUUCAUUUUUCAAGUUUUUAAAUAAAUUUAUAUAUUUAUUAUUGUUAUUAUUCAAAUUAUUAAUAAUUUAUAAAAAAAAAAAAAAAACAAUUCACACACACUUAUAUUUAAUGUUUAAUUAAUUUAUUUUAAUUUUUUUUUUUUCUAAUUAAAAGUUUAUAUAUAUUUUUAAAAAAAAAUAUUCAAAGAAGGGUAAAUUAUAUAGAAAAAUAAAAUAAUGAUUAAAAUGAUAAAUCACUAUUAAAUUUAGAUCUAAUGACGGUUGUUGAAACAUGUACUUAUUAAUUAGUUAAUAUACUUGUAGUAAACAUUAUUUGGUAUACGGAUUUAUUUCCGUAACCGUCCAAAACACUGCCCUAUCUUUAAAUCGAAAUAAAAAAAGAAAAAUGA